UAUCAAAAAUAUAAAACUUGCUGCUGUAAUUGAGGAACCUGAAACAGUGAAGAGUGUCGUUAAUGUUUCUGAUUAUUAUACAGCAGUAACUAUUGAGUACUUAUAUGCUCUUAUUGAUUAUAAAUUGUAUAAUAAUAUAUAAAAAAAUAUAUGGCUGGUGUUAUGGAUGGAUUCCUUAUAGCCGUUAUAGGCUCAUGAACCUGUAAAGUGUAAGUACGAAUUCAUGGUGAUUAAAGGAUGCACAUGUGACCACUGACCUCUCUGCUUCAGCCGUUCAACGCAUGAGCCAAAGUUGCUGUUGGCAUCGGUACGGCGAUCGUUUGCACGGAGAUCAACGUACAAUAAAUAUUCCUGCAUGGUGUCACAGAUGAGCCUAAGAACGCCCUCCUUCCGGCGUCGGCUGGUUGGCGCCGAUGGCAUCAACUACCAGAACACGGUGGUGGUGUGGGUGGAGGGGAGGACGUUCUGGCUGGGAUUCAUUCAGGACAUUCACGGAGCAUUCGUCUACAUCCACUUCGACUCGUCCCAGGCCGCGGCCGCGCCCUGCUGGCUGCAUGCGUCGUGCGUGUGGCCGCUGCAGAUGUGGCGCGACAGCCCCGACUACUUCCGGUCGUGCACGAGGCUCUCGGGAGUUGUGUUUGCCGCGCUGCGCGAUGAAGACGACGGGCCAUUCCGCUUCCGACCGGCGGUGUACUUGGGUGCCGGCGAUUUAACGUUGCCCACAUGCUACAUCAGGCUGACUGGCGAAACAGCGGGAAGUGCAGGCGCAUCGCCAGUGGUGGAUGAGCAGCGGCCAGUGCAGGUGGUGGACGACGGCCAGGUGAUCCACCAGCUGCCCUGCGUGCCCAGCGAGCCGCCGUUGCUGGAGCUGGACAAGACCCACGGACUGCUGUACACGAAGCACGUCAUCCCGCUGACCCGAGCGCAGUUGACGCUCAACGCAGCCAGCGACGCCGCCGGCUUUAUUGCAGAGCUGCGUGCCGCAUACAAAGGUCAUGCAUUGGUGAAGAGACUGCAGAAUCCCUGUCGCUUUCAUCUGCACAUCGGUGCGGCUGAAUGCACCGUGAUUAUCAUUAGCCAGCAGACGGAUCCCGCCACCCUGGAGGGGACGCGGCAACUGCUACAGCGGAUUCUGGACAAGUACCGAUAUACUGCGACAGCUGCGUCGUUGCCCGUGCAGCUGCAGCCGACUAAUUGCUCUCCGAACGCCGGUCCUUAUGAUGGUCAACGAGUGCUCUGCGAGUUACAGACGGAUAUGGAAGCUGGCACUAGCGGCUUCCCCACCUGGCCUGGCUUGGGCCGACUGCCAGCGGAAGUCCUGUUGACGAUUCUGGCUAACCUAGAUGUGCACAGCCAAGCGAUCGCCACACGACAGAUGCAAUACGAUGCACAUUGGCACAACCAUUGCUUUUCUGACCACAAUGUGCGCCUUGUGGCAGCUGAUUGUGGAGGAUCCCCGCUGCACGGAGCAUAUGAGUGUCGUAGUGGAGCAGCUGACAACGGAGAGUCAGAUGAGAAGUGGGAAAAGAUACGCAGAUGAUAGCCGCUGCUAUCAAGUGGCCCGCCAGCUGACCCGUGCGCUGAGCGCCGCCACGCGCAGUCUCAGCAUUGUCGCGCGGCAUCCGGCCCCGGCCAGUGACGGCGGCAUCGACUGGCUGGCGGUGGGGCCGUCCUGGAACGUCCUG